GCUCAGAGCGGCUGCUGUGAGGCGGUUGUUUGCGGACUAAUGUCGCUCCUUUGUGCGCAGAUUAUCACCCAUUCCUCAGACAGGGGGCGGGAGAGAGAUACAGUUGAGCGGACCAACAGCAGACUCUUGGAAAUCUGCUCUUCCCCUCACCACCACUACCACCAUCACCGCCACCACCGCUGCUUCUGCGUAAUCAGACAGGUCCAGGGCUGAGGCGCACCGAGCCACACAGCGCUUUGCUUAUUGAUAAGACUACUUGGAAGAAGAAGACUGCACACCACUGACUUGCGACGUUAUUUCAGACACUCAGCCUGUGAGCUGGACUUUUUUUUGGGAACGCAUCACGGUUAAAGAGACACUUUACUGCUGGGAAAAGUGAAGUCAAUUGGAUUUUUAAUUUAUCAUACUUAAAAGAAAGCGGGACAUCCUUGGAAUAAUUUCAACUUGACUUACUUUCCGAGUCUUUUGGAUAGUUUUGCCUCGUGAAGUUUGGACCUUUGCUACGUAGAAAUGUCGUAAAGUUUUCUCUUAAUUCAGUUUCUCGCUAUCACUCUGCGCUUUUAUCCGAAAACGCGCACUCAAUGCGCAAGUUGAGGAGGAGGUUUCUGCUUAGUUUUUUACACGUUGUGUGCCGCUGACCGAGCACGAGCGCCUUUUUCUUCUUCUUCUCCUUCUUCUGCGGAUAGUAUCUCUGCUGGAAAGACGACUGUGUGGACAGACCGUCUACGCGCGCGCAGUCCCGCAGGGCGAGCCGCUGUCCCCCCGCGCGCAGUGCUGAGGAGAGAGGGACUCUCGCGCUUCCAUAAAUGCCCGGUCCGUCGAAGAGGCUCGAGGCUGGGCAGCAAGAUGAGCUCGUGGGUACAGCUGCUGCUCGUGUUGCUGGCGGCGUGUCUGCGGUUUGGCGUAGCCGAGGGGGACCCUCUGCCUGCAGCCCUGGUGGAGCUGGUUAGAAACAGCCCCAUCUCCUCCAUAGAGGACCUUCAGCUGCUGCUGCUCUCUGACUCCGUAGAUGAGGAGGAUGGGAUCUCUGCAGCCAAUGGAGGUCACAGACUACCAAGGAGCCUUGAUGCCCAGCCGGCCCAGCAGGCUCUGUGUAAAGUACGUACAGAGGUGGUUGAGGUUACCAGGGCGAUGUUGGACCGUAGCAAUGCUAACUUCCUGUUAUGGCCGCCAUGCGUUGAGGUGCAGCGUUGCUCUGGUUGCUGCAACACCAAGAGCCUGCAGUGUGUCCCUGUCGUCACACACACCAGAUACUUGCAGGUGAUGAAGAUUGAAUACAUAAAUAAAAGACCCACUUACGCUAAAGCAGUGGUGUCAGUGGUGGAUCAUGUGGAGUGCCGAUGUCAGCCUGCACCACGUCUUCCAGUGCCCAAGAAAAAAUCAUCUCGCAGACAGCACAGCCAUCAGCACCGAAACCAGACACUCAGCCAAGAACAUGGACAGGGACAGGUCAAGAUGCAUUCCAAAGAUGAGCUCCACCAGUGGGAUGAGCUGAAACAGAACCAGAGGGCCCACCUGGAGGAUCUCCUGGAACAGCACUGGAGCCCCAGAGGGGACACUUUCACUCCCCCUGGAGAAGGGUACAGUGUGGCUGGGGAGGACACACCUCGGCCUGGAGAAGCUAUUCUCUUUGCUCCACACUGGGCACAUAACUCCAGCAGGCUCCAUGGGACUGAAUCCCAUUCUGAGAAUCCAGAAAAUGUUGGUAACUCAGGUGGCAACAAGACUAUUUCCUCAGUGGAUAAUAUUGGUGUUGAAGUAAUGAACAAGUCGGCAGAAGGUGGAAAUGGGUUGCUGCUCAACAACACUGAAGGGAAAGUUAAUGAGGGAAACAGGAGCAGGGACAAAGUCACACAAACGCACAGCCCGUUACUGGAAGAAGACAAAUCCAAACUGACAAAGAUUCACACGAGUGGAAUCUCUCAGCUUGUUACUCAGAAUCCUGAUGCCAAAUUCAGCCCCACUGAGGAAACCAUUCGUGAGAAAGCUGGGAGCAGGUUCCGACCGACCAAAGAGCCAAAUCCAGAGCCUCGAGAGCAGGCGAGACGGAGAGAGAACGACACUCCAGAGGAAGAGAGGAUAUUACGGAUGGAGGAGGCAAAACUGGAGGAGGAGAGAAAAGAGCUCCUACUCCUCCACAAGAGGUUGGACCAAGAGAAGGAGAUUCUGAGACAGCAGCAGAUGAAACGUGAAGAGGAGGCAAGGCAGAGAGAAAAGGGGACAGAUCGUCGACAUCACCUGCAUGGUAAACAUCAUCAUCUGCAAACAACAACACAGAAACCAGAGACAACAACAUCUACGACUACCACACAACAGCCCUCUGCUCCAGCAGGACCCAGACCCCCAGCUCGUCCACACCAAACAAAGAGAAGGAUGAGGAAGAAUCGCAAACGGAUCAGCAAGGCAGCUAUGAGAGCAAUGCUAAUGUAGAACUAAAAAAAAACCCCAGGGACACAAUGUAAACUUGGUGUAUUUUGUGGAUAAUCCAGAGGUGAAGCAGAGUGACUCCCUUCAUAUAAGUAUUUAUUCAUUCACUCAGUAACCUGCUCGUCCUGUGAGAUCUCCUCAGUAACACUACUAAUGUCUGGUGAACCUGUAAUUACACCUGGAUGGAGUAAGAAGACGUGAGAGAAAAAUGGAAUAUAAAUAAAGGUGGACCUUCUUUUUUUUUUUUUUUUUUUUUUUUUUUUUAAAAAAAAGCAUUUGCCUCUACAACGACAGUUGCUGGUAUGAAGUGGCAUCUGAAGACGGGCAAAUUUUUUGCGAGUACAGUACAUCAGGGGGACUGAAACUGCAUCGCUGUAGAACUGUGGAUAAUAGUGCAAUUUUAAAACCACGUGGAACCAUGUUUUGAUAUCAACAGAGAGAAACUGCACUUAUGUAUUGACAAAGCCGAGUCCAUGUGGGGUUUAAAAGUUUGUUGCUGAAAGACUUGAUUUUGUGAUAAUGAUAGUCAGACUGGACUAUGAAGUGUGUUUGGUAGAAAAAUGGACAUAGAAAUGGAUAAACAGUAACUCUCCUGUGUCAUGAUAGAAUCUGUUGUAUUGUAAUUGGAUAAUCUAAGAGACAAUUGUUCAGUAGACAACUAAUGCUGACUAAAAUGACCAGUAUCUCCAUGUGUGAUACAACUCACAUAUUUAGGGCUGAGUUGGGAAGAUACAGCUGUGUUGAUUUACCAUACCAAGGCCUGAUAUCAUUUAUUAGCUCAUUAAAACAGUGAUGGUCUCUCUUUAACCAUAUUUAAUGAUAUUUAACUCAUUACAAACACUGGAAUUACACAGAUGUGAUUGGAGAACGAAAAUGUAAAAUGUUGCAUUAGUGAGGUUUCUUUGUUUCAAAAUCUCAUGACAGGCCUGAGGAAAAAAGAGCAAGGCGCUAGAUGAGGUGAUAGCAAUACACCUGGGAUCUGACUGUGUGCUAUGUUUCUUAUUUAUUUAUCUCUACCAUUACUGUGGAUUAACUCUCUAUAGAAAUACUGAAAACAAGUUGUCAUUGAGAUAUGUAUAAAAAAUUCAGUCUGUCAUGACAGCUGGGUGGUUCAAUCAGAAAACAAAAACCAGUAUGUUCGGUGACCUCCCAGUACCAUGCAGUGUUUAAAUUCUAUGUCAAAAAAGUGCGUGCAUGUAUGUUUGUUUUGUAUGCCUAAGUGUGUGGUGUAGUGUGUAUGGGCUUGUGCCCACACCUACACAUCUGUUAUGCAUCUCAAUACUCAUGUAGAACCAUAUAUCUACUUUUCUGUCUCUUUCUCUCUGUGAUAGAGAGAGGUCUUUCUUCCAGCAAUUACAUUUUGGCAGAAACACAUUCCCUGUAAACUCUUCAGGGAGGGAAAACAAACACCUAUUUAUAGCAUAUUUUCCUCAUGUGCCCCUAUAUUAGUUUUAUUAAUCUACAUCACAUUGUUUUUUAUAUUUGAUUUACAGGGAAAUUAAAGGGUCAAAACAAGUAAAUCAAUAGGUAGUCACAUGAAGGGACACAAAAAAGCCAAACUUUACCAAUGUAGAUAUUAUUUUUGUAUAUUUCCAUUAGAAAUAACACUUAGAAAUACACUGUUGAUGCUAUUUGGUAUCCAAUAAUCCAUAAUCAGCAAUUAAGUUAUUGAAAAACAUGGCUUGUAUGUCCUUUGUGUCAAUUUACAACUGUUAAUGAUGAUGAUUUUGUCUGUUUUAUUAUGAGAUAUGAUGAAAGAAAGGAAUGUUUGUGAUAACUUUGCCACCUAAUGCUAUUUUCAUAUGGGUAUAAGAAGCUAAUGUGCUUAAAUUGA